CCAGUAAUAGUCACGGUGGCUGUGGUGGUGGCGGAAGUGGCGCCACUGCUGGUGGUGUGCCGGACGAUCAUGCGUCCGGCUUCGAGAGGAACUCCUUCUACGAGCGCAGCUCGAGAGGCACCACGGAUCCCGAUCAGUAUAUCAGACGUCCCAACAACUACCAUUCGACAGAUGUUCGAGGGCGAGCGCGGGAUCGUCUGUAUCGCAAUGGUCCCUACAUGAUCGACAGAUCUGCCCCCGUAAAUCAUCACAGAGUACCUACAAAUUCAUGGUAUGAGUCAAAUUCGUCAGCAAAUGUUGGCUCAAGUGGCAUCAGUGGAUCAGGAUCGUCACGAUAUGCUGGCGUGAGUGGUGUUUGCAAUUCAUCUGCAUCGUCAGCUGUGGAUCCGGCCGGUGGAUAUGAUUUGCCACUGAGUGGAUCGGCGCUGGAUCAUCGGAUCGAGAGGAGGAACUCGGAGACAUCAGAGACGGCGUCCUCCAUCAACAAGACACCCUCGUCCACAGUGAGUGGCGUGAGCAAUAGUAAUACGAAGAAGAAGAACAAGAGUCGAUCUGGCUCCGAAUCGCCGUGUGGUGGUAGUCUCUCCUCGCGAUCUCAUUCACGAUCUCCAAGCAGUUGCAGUAGUACCAAUAGUUCGUCGUCCAAUUCACAUGGCAGCAGCAGCAGUCCGAAUGCUCCAGGUGAAUCGAGGACGCGCGGCAGUGGCCAGAGUGGCGCCGGAUCGAGCAGCAGUGGGAAUCCGGCCACUCAUAGUGAGGACAAUCGACCACUGGCGAUCUGCGUGAGGAAUUUGCCGGCGCGAUCCUCGGACACGUCCCUCAAGGAUGGCCUCUUUCACGAGUACAAGAAGCACGGGAAGGUGACGUGGGUGAAGGUGGUGGGCCAGAGCACGGACAGGUACGCCCUGGUGUGCUUCAAGAAGGCCGAUGACGUGGAGAAGGCCCUUGAGGUGAGCCACGACAAGCUCUUCUUCGGCUGUAAAAUCGAAGUUGCACCCUAUCAAGGUUACGAUGUGGAUGACAAUGAGUUCAGGCCGUACGAGGCGGAACUGGAUGAAUAUCACCCCAAAUCCACGCGAACCCUGUUCAUUGGGAAUCUCGAGAAGGAGAUCACGAGCUCGGACAUCCGGAAGCAGUUUGAGAGCUUUGGUGAGAUCAUUGAGAUUGACGUGAAGAAGCAGGGCAUUUCCUCCUAUGCCUUCUGUCAGUACGCCGACAUCGUGAGUGUGGUGAAGGCGAUGCGGAAAAUGGAUGGAGAACAUCUGGGCAACAAUCGCAUCAAAUUGGGUUUCGGGAAGUCCAUGCCGACCAACUGUGUGUGGAUUGACGGGAUUGCUGAUAGCGUGAGUGAGACUUAUCUCACCACUCAGUUUGCACGUUUCGGGCCCGUGACACAAAUCACCAUUGACAAGGACCGACGACUGGCGCUGGUGUUCUUCGAGCAGAUCCAGUAUGCUCAGCUGGCGGUGAAGGAGAUGCGAGGAAUUGUGUUGAGAGGACGGAAAUUGCAGGUGGAUUUUGCAUCGCGGGAGUGUCAAGAUGCGUUUUACGACAAGAUGAAGAAGUCAGCACCGCUCGAGAGGGAUGCCACACCAUCCUUUGACGGUCAGGCUGCCGUGGCAGUUCCCGCUGGUGCAGCAAGGAGUUUUGAGCCGACAGUGGUGACUGCCACGGGCCGCUUCAGUCGAUACGACGGCCCACCGCGAUCGCGGACGUCCUCCUUCAGUCGUCACGGAAGCAUCACGGGAGGAGGAAACAGUGGUGCCGCCAGUCCAGUGGCUGGAGUGCUGGAGAGAUCAUCAUCUGGCAGUACGACGCCACGAGGGGCAGGACGACCGCGGGUGAUGCGGUACAACACGGUGGACUUCUACGAUGGCGAGUACAGUGAUCGCAGAUCGAGGAACUACGAUGAGUAUAGUCAGGGUUCUGGGGCGUCGCACGACGGCGAUGGAUACGAUCACAGUGGCUCGGGAGAUGUGUUUACCAGCUACAGUCGAGGUGCCGGUGGAGGCAGUGAGUCUCCGCCGCCAGCGCGUCUGGAGGGUGGAAAUGGAGGCAUUGAGGGGAGGCGGAGGAGUGACAAGAGUCCAGGGGACAUUCGUCACUUGCAGAAGGAGCGAGUGCUGCUGCUGGAGCAGCUGGAAGAGUGUCCAUCGAGUGGUGAUGAGCUGAUGAGUCCAAAGAAGCGAAUACGCUAUGAUUCGACAAUGAUGACAAAUGACACUGUGGUGUCGCACCAAUCCUCCUCAUCCAUUGUACAAAAUAAUAAUGUAGUAAUCAGUGACUCCAUCUGUGAUGCUAGUAUUAACCAUAAUCUUGAAUCUUCACUGAUCCACCACCAUCAGGGAGUGCCCGCCCAUCCGCACCGGAAAGUGGAGGUGAGGCGACUGUCUGAGUGCAGCCAAAAGCUGGCGGCGUCUGGGGCGUCGCACGCGCGCCGCCCAUCGACGGACAGUGGUGGACGCCAUCACGAGCACGGAGUGAUAGGCAGCUAUGGCACGCCGCAUGUCCUGUGCAAGCGUCGCAAGACGGGCUCCAUUGGUGAUGGGGACCAUCAUACGUCGCGCGGUCGAGGGCAUCAGCUGCACUCUCACCACAGUCACGAAGCGUCCGGCGGUGAGAGCGCCGAUGGUAGUCGCCCGGGAACGCCGCUGUGCGAUGAGAGGCCGGAGAGUGUUGUGCCCACGGAGCCCAGGCGAAUGCCACGCGAGCGACCACACAACCUGGAGCCCAUGUUGCUGCCACUGCCGCGCUUCUCUGCUCAAUUCUACCUCCAGAAUCGCCUCUUGGCGGCCCAGCAGGCCUCCGCGGCCAGUGCAGCGACAACGAGCACUCCCACCACGGUGGCUCCGACCACGUCCACCCCGGCCAUCCCGGCCAUUCCCUCUAGUCUCCAGCACUCACUGUCCAGUCCACCGCCAAACAGUAUUCUCGUGGCGUCGAGUCCAAAGGUGCCCCAUCAUCACGGGCACGCGCACCACGGCCACCACCACCAUCAUCACCACCAUCACCAUCCGCCGCCGCCUCCGACGGGCCCGGCGCCGCCGGUGCCCACUGGCGAGCAGCCGCCGGAGAGUCCCCUGCGACCGCCGUCGCUGAGUUCCAACAGCAGCGACAGCGAGGUGGCGCCCAGCUGCAGUCCCAGUCUCGAGGAGCGCAUCAAGACGCUGGAUGAGAUGUUCGAGAAGUGGAAUGGGAACAACGCCAAUCGGGGAGGUGGAGCAGUUGGACAUGCGAGCAGCACAGCCAGUGCUCCAGCUCCGGAUCCCGGUGCAAAAGCAUCGACAACCCUUCCUGACAGCGCGGCGAGUGGAACUGCGUCUGGCGGUGGAAGCACCACGAGCACGGGUACAAACUAUAGGCACAAGUUCCUUGACUUGGAUGUCAAUGAGGUUCAGCCAUCGGAUAUUGUGAAAUCUGUGCUGGCCAAGAAGUCCAUCUUCGACGAGGAUUCAAAGCGCCUUGAGAACAUUGGGGACAAGUAUGAACCGCGAGAAUACCACAACUUUGCAAGAAGCACAUCAUUCCAGGCCGCCACGCCACCAUUGCCAGGGACGCCGAGUGCGAAAACACCCACCCUGGCCAAUCCACCCAUCUUCCCGACACCGGCUGCUGUGACGCGUCUCGCCAACCCCACAGCGUCGCCACUGAACAGUCCCAUCGGCGGCAUGUCAUCGCCCUACAACAGUCCCUCUCCGUCACCCGUGACGCCAAAGCCCAACACUCCGGUCAUACCGGCCAAAGGGCUACAGUAUCCAUUCCCGAGCCACCCGCCGGCGCCAGCGCCUCCGGUGACGCCUCCGGCGCCGACGCCAAGUGCCCAGCCGCCGACCACGCAGCCUCCGGCGCCAGCACAGCCUGAGCUGAAGCCCAAGAAUGCGCCCAUAACGAAGAGCAUCAGUCUGCAGGAGAAAUCCUCGGGGUCUGGGCAUCCCAACAGAGUCCUCAACAAGUCCACCUCCAUGCCUGGCAGUACAAAUUCCGGCACGACGAAACCCUUUCUCGUCAAAGAUGAACAAGACGAUUCGCAACCUCAGACCGCGUCUGCGGAGAAGGAAGACAGUGGGAAGCGCCACAAUUGCACCACAGUUAAGGAGGAGUCGAAGCGUCGACCAGACAGUCUGGAUCGUCGAAAACUGGCCAGUGAAUCGUCGACGGAGAGCUCAACCGACCAUCCGACUGAGCAUCACGCUGUCGAGGAUGACAGGAGUGAGAGUGAGGAGAAGGCUCGUCAGGAUAGAGAGCGUCGCGAGCGUGAGAAGCGGCGAGAGCGAGAAGAGAAGGAGCGCCAGGAAGCAGAGGAGAAAGAACGUCGAGAGCGUGAAGAAGAGGCGAAACGUCGAGAGGAGGAAAGGCGCGAGAAAGAGGAGAAGGAGCGCAAGGAUCGCGAAGAACGUGAACGCCUGGAAAGUGAGAGGAAGGCUGAACUUGAACGUGAGGAAAAUGAGCGUCGCGAGGCUGAAGAGAGGCGUCAUCAAGUCAAAGAUAAGGAGAAUCGUGAGAAUCCCGAGAAAUUCUCGUCCGAGAGCACGUCGUCUUAUGAAAAGUAUGACGAUGUGAAUGCAAAACGUCGAGAGAGGAACAACUCGAGAAGCUCCUCACCAUCACGCUCCAUUAAUAAGCGUCGCCUUAGCUCUCAGGAGAACUACGAUCUUGAAGAGAUUAAGCGCCUGAAGACGGUCAAUGAUCACCGAAAGAUGUCAACUGAUCGCAAGGAGAUUUCCCGAGACUCACAUGGGCAGAAGAAUAAGCACCACAAAGACAAGCAUCGCGUGCCGGGGACGACAAAAAAUGGAGAGGAUCGUCCCGUGAGCGAGGAUCGCUGCCGGGAGAACCGAAAGGACAGCGAUCGCAAGUCGAGUGGGCGAAGCAGUGGCGACAAGCACAAGUCCAAGUCAAAUCGCAGUCGUACAGAUGAUCACCAUCAUCAUAUGAACAAUAUCGACCAUGACAUGAGUUCCCCGUCUGAGCGCGGAUCGAACUUCCUGGAGCAGUUGGACAUGCGAUCGAGUGAGGAGGAGCAGCGCCAGCAUAAGAAGGAGCAGCGCGAGAAGAAGCGUGACAAACUCCGAUCUCUGAGCGAUGCGUCUCAACAGGAGUUUUCCGGGGAGUUCAACAAGCACGAGAUGCGAUCCAAGGAGUCUGGUGAGAAUAAGAAGCGCUCCGGAAGUGAGCGUCGUGGAACGACUGAUGAGAACAUUCUGAAGACGUCUUCUUCGUCAGACAACAGUCGCAAGGGCAAAUCGUCUUCGUCGUCGUCGUCGAUAAGGAAGAUGAACAAUAGCAGUGACUCUGAGGACUCUGAUGAACCGAAGAAGCAUUCCAUAUUCGAUAUUCCGGACGAGGGACCCACCUACAUAUCCAUGUACGACAAGGUGAAGGCGCGCAGCUGCAAGAACAUGCAGAGACAGGAGGAGGAGAAGAAGAUCAAGGCGAAGUUCACGCAGCUGAAGCAGUCCAGGGCGAAGAGGGAGGAGAAGAAGCGCUCCACGAGUUGGGAUGAUGACACGGACAGUGAAAUGGACGAUCGCAGAUCAGUGAAGUCGGGAAUGAAUCAUAAGAAGAUCAACUCCUCAAGUGAGGAUGAGAUGUUAAUCAAUCGCAUCCCGAAGACGGAGAUGAUUUCUGACUCUGAAACUGAAAUGAGACGUUCGCUGUUGAGGGAGAAGAUCAAUGAAUUGUGCGAUGGUGAGAGUUCUGAAGCCAGUGCUAUUCAUCAGAAGCCGCGCAGGAAGAUUUCUUCGAGGAAGAAUUCCCGAUCGACCAGAAUUGCGUCGGAUAGUUCAGAUGAUGAGGCGCUGUCGAAGAUCAAGGAGGAGAAAAUGGACACGUCAGAUUUGAAGAUCAAGUCGGAAGUUAAGGCGGAGAUUGAUGAGAAGCUGAAUCGUAACAAAUUGUUCGAUCGCAGUGAGAGUGAAGAAACUCAGUCGAUGGGAACUGAUCUUAUCGCUGCGGCAGCCAUCAAGAUGGAGCCCAAGGAUGAGUCUGGAGAUCUGUACAAGAACUCCUUGUGCAACAUUUCCUCCGAUGAGCAUGAGAUCUCUGUGAACAGUACAAAUCAGAAGGAUCCCUUUGAUCAGCUCUUCAGUCCAGACACGAGGAAGAAGCACAAGAAGAAGCAGAAGCGGCAGAAGAGUGUUCCUCCCACCACGCCGACGGAAAGCAGUCAGGCUUCUGGUGGUGAGAAGAGCAUCAAAGUGUUGGAGGAGGUGAAGAUGGAGAAGCAGGUACCGUUGGAUCUGUUUGAUGAACUUAAGAAGAAUACAGUGAUGCCGGAGCAGAAGAAGAAACACUCUAGUCGCAAGGACAAGAAACGUGACAGGCUGUCGAAGGAGGAUUACGAGAAUCGGGAGAGAUUCCGUGACGAGCGCAGUGGAAAGGUGAAGAAAAACAAGAAGUCGUCGAAGAUGAGUGAUUCGUACGAUAAUAACCAGAAGGGAUUCAUUAAAGGAGGAGAGAAAAUGGAGGAUAUCUUUGGACCAUUGUCUGAUGACGACACAAUUCAAUCCUUUCCGGACAUGGUUAAGACGGAACCUUCAUCGCUCUCCACCUCAAUGGCCAGUAUCUUUGAUCCGCAGUCGGAGAGUAUCAAGAAGGAGGAGAUAAAGGCGGAGAAUCCUCUGCUGUAUCCCUCCAAAGGCAUCUCUGGAGAUGACUUCAAGUCUGCUUCAACGGUUUUGCCGAUGCAAUCUGAGCGGGAGCGCCACAAGGAUGAGUCUCGCAAGAGGAAGGAGAAGAAGCGUCGAGAGCGUGAGAAGUCUCGUGCAGUUGCUGUGGUGAAAGAGGAUGAGAACAGUGUCGAUCUGGAUGAGGCAGGACGCGCUCUGGAAGCACAACUGAUGAAGGACAUGGACACGAAAUUCGAUGAGAUGCCAAAUGCUGUGAAACAGGAAUCACGUGGUGACGUGAUGGAUGUUUUCCGGUUCACCGAUGGUGAUGAUAGCAUUGAGAAUGUGAUGUCCAAGGACAAGGAGAAGGAGGCUUCGGGCGAUCAACAUCGGUCGAAGGAGAAGAAGAAAAAGAAGAAGCGCUCGAAGGAGGAGAAGCACCAGAGGCGAGAACAUCAUCAGUCCAAGGAUGCCAAGGUGAAUAGUAGCAAUGUGGAUAAAUUGGUGGAUGAGCAGAAGCUGAGCAAACAGUCACCGAGUCUGCCGUGUCUCCUGGAAGAGAGUCCGCCGCCGCCGCCGUCAAAGAAUGCCAAUCUCUCAGUGUCCAUCAACAGGGAAGUGAGAGUGAAUGCUUUGAUGAAGGUGUUGCCAUCGUUGAAAGGCAAUGCCGAAGCGAAGCAGAGGAAACCUGAGAAAUUCAUCCCAGGCUUUGGCGGUGAGGUCGAUGAGACAAUCCAUGAGUCUGCUGUGAAGUCCAUCAGCACGGAAUUCACCAAAGCACAGCCGGAGAAAGGUGCAGAAUUGGAUGAGAAGAUUGAUCUUCCGGAGAGUGACUUGUCGUCCAAGAGUUCAGAUGGAGGCAAGGGUGAUGACAAGACUUCUCGUGUGAUUAUAUCACAGGAGGAGACAGAGGAUGCCGUGGCUGCUCUACUUGGUGAGAGCUUUGGCUCCUCAAUUGCCCCAGACUACACGGAUUGCUAUGAGAGUCCCGCGGUGAUCGAAGAGAGUCCAACAUCUCUGGUGCCAGAAGCUCUAAUUCCUGAGGAAGAUGCUGAGGAGAUGAGAAAGGCUGUCCAGAGUCUCAAUACGGAGGAGCUGGACUUGAAGCCAGACACACCACAAUCUGAACAUGAUCUGCAGAUUGACACGGACACUGAGGAGCAGGAGGAGGAGUCGGGAGGCAGUGGGCUGCGAUUGGAUCAGCCACCAAAGACACCCGAUGUGGACUUGGCUGCUAUUCGGCAGGAAGCGAGUGAGAAGGCACAAGUGCCGGCUUCUCCGAAGCAACAGCCCUCUUUCGAGAAGACUCCAGAAACUCCGAAAGUCACCACAACUCCUCCUACUACAGGUGGCACUUCAGUUAUCACGAAGACUGUCAGUCAGCCGGUGUCACAGCCAGAAGUGGCAAUCUCCAAGGUAGUUCAGAUCCCAGUGCAAGUGUCCAUUCCGUCGAAGUUGGUGGAAACACCAGCACCUCAGCCACUCCAGGCGAACAUUGUGGAGAAUCCGGCUGUAAAGAUGAUGCCAGCAUCUUCGGGCACCAUUGUGGUGACAUCAAAUCCGCCUCAAACUCGUGCCAGCAACAUCAUGACCACCCCGAGGCCACAGCUAAUCUACCAGAAUGCCAUCAGGCCUGGUCAUCCGCCUCCACCACCGCAGCCUCAGCACUUCUUGCCGCAACAAGCGCCACCGCAGAAGAUGCAGCAACCGCCGAGGCCUCCCGGUCCGUAUCUCAUGCAACCGCCAACAAUCAAUAUUCCGGAGCAGCCUCACUAUGUCUAUCAGCCGAUCGGUGUGAUGAUGUCUCCGAGAAAUGCUGGAGAUCCUCGACUGGCGUCACCGCGUCAGCAACAACCACCUCCACAACCAUCUCAGCCACAGACAUUCGGGAAGAACUCCUCCCAACUGAGUCCGACGACAAUUAUUCGAGGACAAGAGCCUUCUCUGAGGCAAUCACCGCAGCAACUCAGUCCAGCUGCAAUGACAACUCAUCAUCAACAACAGCAGAUCCAUGCGCAACAUAUGAUACAACAACAGCAGAGGCAGAUGUUGUCGCCGUCUGGUCAGCACCCAAUGAACAACAAUCUGAUGAUGAAUCGUGUGCCCGUGGCGCCAAUUCUCACGCCCAUCUCCAAGCCAAUGCCGCAGCCUCCGAUGCAGCCGCCGAUGACGAGCCAGCAGAAGCCACAACAGCCACCGGCUACGCAGCCGCAUGCCAAAGAGAUGCCACCGCAGACUGUCGUGAGGGUUGUUCAGACCACAGCUGCUCCAUCGGCCAUUCAGGUGACACCGAAGAUUGUGUCUCAGCAGACUGGACAGAUCAUGACGCAGCUUCCCAAACCACCGAGUCAGCCGUCUUCUGUUCAGCAGCCUGGCGAGAUGAUGGAUAGCAAAUUGUCGAAGGGCGUGAUUCUGCAACUGCCACAGCAGAACUAUCCGAAUCAUCAGGUGAUGCAGCAACAGAAACAGAAGCAAAUGCAUCAGCAGCAAAUCAUUCAGCACCAGCAGAUGAUGGCGAAGCAUCAGCAGCAGCAUUUGGUGCAGCAGCAGCAACAACAGCAACAACAACAUCAUCAACAACAUAUGGUGCAACAACAACAGCACUUGACACAGCAACAGCAUCAGCAUUUGGUGCAGCAACAGAUUCAGAUUCAGCAGCAAAUGGUGAAUCAACAGAAACACCUUCAGCAACAACAGCAACAAUCAAUAAUUCAGGGUGUGAGCAAAUCUGGGGAGAUUUUGCAGCAAUCCAACAUUGUUAUGCAUCAGAGUCAGUCAAGUAAAAUGGCUCCGCAAGCCCAGCAACCGAUAAUGUAUCCUUCGGUGGUGAAGCAGACGAUGCCAAGUCAGAUGAAGGUGGGCGUUCAGGUGAUUCCCACAGCGACAAUAACGCCAACUGGAACACCGCAGUUGGCGAAGGUGGAGCCAGAGAAGAAGGAGCUUCCCAAAGAUCAACCACCUGCAUCGCUGGAUGCUCAAGAAGAGGAGAAGACAGUGCCAAAGGAAGAUCCUCCGUCUGUCAUCAAGUCUGGCAAUUCUUCUGGGCAAGAGAGCUCGUCUCUGUUGACCGAGGAGAAUGUCAUCAAGCUGUCCAGUGCCACGGAUGAGCAUAUGGAGCAAGACUCGAAGGAAGACAGUGAUUACUGGUCGGCGAAGGAGGUGAAUAUUGAAUCGGUGAUCAAGAAGGUCGAUGCUCUUUGUUCUGGGGAGGACACAUCUGAGGAAGGCUCUGAAGUCACGACGAAAACCGCUGACUGGCCUGAGGAGAGUCCAAGUGUUCAGGACAGCUCGAAAGUUGACGGAGAUGCUCGGAAAGAGACUCCCUUGGUUGCGGAAAGUGCAGAAAGCAAAAUCAGCGGUCAGGAGAGUCAACCAGAAGUCGUGGACGGUGAUGAGGAGUUUGAUGAGGGUGUCUGUGACAAUCCUGAUGCCAGAGACGGUGCCAGGAAGCGCGGACGUGGUGUCAGGGGCAGGAAGACAUCAGAGAAUGCUAGUGUGGAAUCACUGAAAGUUCCAGCCAACAAUAACAAUAAUAUUGAGUCUCCGGAUUCCGUGGGGGCUGCGAUGGAAGCUCAGGUGCCUGGUGGCGUGCAGACGAGGAGAGGUGGCAAGACGGCGAAUCGGCGCAAGGGUGGAAGAGUGACCCGAGGCACUGUGGCCAAUGUGUCGCCUUCGACCACGCCAUCAACAUCUGCAACGACCGAUCGCAAGACUCGCAAUCAGAACUCAGAGUCGGAUGUCUAUGAAUUCCACGAGGAUUCGGGUGAGGAAGUGAAUCCGGGAGUUGCGAAAGCGUCCGCUGCUGACGAUGGUCGUCCAAGGCUUAUUCUCACCAUCAAGAGUCCAGCUCCUGGUGUUCCACCGCCAACUACGAGUGUGCCAGGCAGUGUUCAGCCGAUAGCGCAUCCUCAGCCGAGUCAACCGCCUGUUGCUGAGAAUAUGAGUGUUCCUCAGAUAUCUAAUCCGAGUCCACCUCAGAUUCCGGCAUCAGGAGGCUCAUCAAAUGAUGAUUUCACAUCUCCAGCUGCCAAUACGCGAAAAUCUCGACGCUUGCAAGAGCGCGAUGGCAGAAGCACUGUGGAUGAUAUCAUUGAGGAUGUGGUGAAGAAUGUGGCUAAUUCUCCCAAGGCAGGAAGCAUAACUCCACCACGCAGGACCACGAGGAGCACCAUGAAUAUGUCUCCAGCUCCUGUUGUGGCUGUGAAGCCGAUUGUGCCGGAGAAGGUGUCAAAUGUGGAUGUGAGAAAAUCGCCGAGAGCAAACAGAACGAGUCGAAAUAAGGACAGAAAGCUCUCAGAGACUUCCACGGAUAGCAGUGAGGAGAGGAAGAUGGACAGUGAAUCGAUGAUGGCAGAGGAGAAACAGGUUGUUGUGGAGGUGAAGAAGUUGGAACAGCCUCAGCCUGAGAAUUUGUCAACUGAAAAGGUGAAAACAGUGGUUCAUGAGCAGCCCAUGAAGCCGGAAAUGGUGCCACAACCAAUUCCUGGUGUUGUGCCAAAUGACGCCUCAACUACUCUCAUUGAUCCAGUCACUGGAGAGUUGAUGAUGAUGCGCCAGAGCAAGGAGGGACAGUACAUUCCGGUGCCAAGAAAUGCCAAUCAAGCAGUGCAGCAAAUGAUGGCCAAGCAGCAGAUGGCAAAGGGAAUGCCAUUGAAGCAGCCUGAGGUGAAGCCUCAAGUCCAUCAGGAGCCACACAUUCCGCCUCAACAGCAAAUGUCUCAAUCUCAGAUGCAGCAAAUUCCUCUGCCGCCACCGCAGCACCCAAUGCCACAGCCAAAUCCCAACGUGGCGACGGUGUCUGUGGUGUCACAGGGAUUCGUUGGGAAGCAAAUUGGAUCGACAACGGUGACGAAUGUGUCAAUUCCACUGCCGAUGCCAGUGUCAGCGCCCAUCUCUGUCCAUCCUACCUCCUCGGCGGCCACCAUCAUCACGAGUUCUUCGCCACAGCAGCAGUCUCAGCCGCCGAGAACUCACCCGCUGAAGGCGCACAUGCUGAACUCUCAGGCCACCAUGAAGCCCAUUGUGAUACAGACGAUGUCCAAACCACAUCCGGGCGUUCAGGCGCCACCUCAACAGACACAGUAUCACAUGCCACCGACGUCUAUGGCUGCCCAGCCGCAGCAGGUGCAUAUGAAGGCGCCACAGCCAGUUCAGCAGAGCGCUCCUCCUCAGCCAACGCCGAGUGUGGUGAUGCAGAAUCAGCAGGGGAAGAUGCAUCAGAAUCUGGGACCGCCACAGGCGCAAGGCAAACCACCUGGUCCACCCGGAAUGCCACACAAUCUGAUCAUAAACGUGCCUCCGGUGAGUUCUGCAUCGCCUGGAGCGACACUGUCGCCGCGUGUGGUGCAGCAUCCGUCGCCGAUGAAGCAGCAAAUCACAAUAACACAGCAGCAGACACAACCAUCGGCUCAGAACCAACCGCAGCCCAUUCACCUGGGCCAGAAGGGUGGUCAGAGUCAAGCGUCAGCGUCACCGCAACAGCAGCAACAACAACAGACAUCUCAGAUGGUUAUCCAUGGUGGGAAGAUGAUGCCUCAGCCACCGCCAACGGGCUAUGCUACUGUGUUGCAGAGUGGAAAGGUGAUUCAGCCAUCGCCUCCUCCUCCUCAGAUUCAGUCACCAUCGGUGGCAAAUCUGACAAAGCAACAGCAGCAGCAUAUGCAAGUGCAGCAGCAGAUUCAGCAGCACCAUCAGCAGCAGUUGGCCAAGCAGCAGCACGCCAUGGCGUCUCAGAAGCAUCAUCUGGUGGUGAAGCAACAGCAGGCGCCGCCACAGCAGCAGCCUCUGCAUCUGGGUCAGUCGGUCGGCCAGGCGACGCCGCAGCAGCAGCAGCACAUGAUGGCCAACGUGGCGCCGAGUGUGGCUCAUCAGGCGACGAAGCACAUUCAGACGGCGACGGCACAGAUUUUGCCACCCGGAAUGCCGCCACAGAACAAGGGCGUCAUGGGAUUGCAUCAGUCGCCACAGAUCCUGACCGGUGCCGUGGCCAGUCCACCGCCCAAGCAGCCACAUCUCAGCAGUCAACAACCGAUUGUUACAGGAGCCAGCAGUUCUCGGGUCACUGUGCCUCCGAUCAGUCCACAAGGACAGGCUCGUGGUCACAUCCUGCAAGCUGGUCUGCCAGUUCCUGCCUUUGAAGCUAGUCUGCACAAUGAAAUGAGUGGCUAUGGAUUGACACGAUCACAGAGUCCUCCACCUGCUCAUCAGCAGGCAUCUCCGAUAACUCCGGGAGAAGGACCAUAUCCACCUGUUCCACUGCGCGGAGUGCCCAGAGAUCAUCACAUCAUGAUGUACCAUCAUCAGUACAUUAGAGCGCAGGAAGCCCUGAAUCAUGGAGCCCGAAUUCCAUAUCAUAUGCCAAGAUCACCAAUGCUUCCGGGAGCGGCAGAUCAGAAGAGUGAAAUCUCAGAGAUGGACGACACUUCGGUGGCCAGUCCGCCACUGGAGCUGAGACGUCCUGCUAGUGGACCUCGAACAACCACUGCUGUUCCUCACAGUCUGCAGAGUCCGCAGGAUCGUGCAACUGAUUCACCGCAAGUGGCUCAAGUGUACGUGUCCGGCACGAGAAUACCUCAUCCUCACUAUCCGGAUGCCGGCGCCAGGAGUUACUAUGAGUCAGCGGCGGCGCGUCCAUUGCCCGCUGAACCACCGCCGGCACAUCGACCGUCGUCACACAGCGUUGUGGCUCCCAUGAGUCAUCCACCGACAAACUAUGGAGCCCCAAGUGUGCCGACCACCCCGACAAAUCUGUCCCACAUGUACUCGCAGCAUCCCAAGACGCUGGAGCGCGAGCGUGAGCAGAGGGAGCGUGACAAGGAGCGUGAGAAUCGAGCCUCUAUUCCAAGCCAUGCCAAUAUGCCGAGUCAUGGGACUCUGGUGCCAGCCAUGCCAGCGCCGACGGGACGCAAUUUGCAAGCGGCAACUCCACCUCAUGCCAGUCAAGUGCCACCGCAAGCGGACUCGCUGCUGAUGCUGCUGCAGCGGUAUCCGGUGAUGUGGCAGGGAUUGCUGGCGCUGAAGAACGACCAGGCGGCCGUGCAGAUGCACUUUGUGUUUGGCAAUCCUCAAGUGGCGGGCGAUUCGCUGCCGUGCAACAGUGAUGGCUCCACACCACCGCUGAGGAUUGCCCAGAGGAUGCGUCUGGAGCAGACACAGCUGGAGGGAGUGGCGCGAAAGAUGCAGACGGACAAUGAGCACUGCAUGCUUCUGGCUCUGCCCUGUGGUCGUGACCACCUGGAUGUGCUGCAGCAAUCGAAGAAUCUGCAGUCGGGCUUCAUCACGUAUUUGCAGCAGAAGCAAGCGGCCGGCAUUGUGAACAUCGCGGCGCCGGGCAGUCAACAGGCUGCGUAUGUGGUGCACAUCUUUCCCUCAUGUGACUUUGCCAAUGACAAUUUGGCCCGAAUUGCACCGGAUCUCCUUCACCGCGUGGCUGACAUUGCUCAUCUUCUGAUUGUCAUUGCGACGGUCUAGAGAAACGCGCUGUGUUGAAGGAUGAAUCUCGCGAUGCGCAGACAAUACACACAUAAAAUUUGACGAUGAAGAAGAAGUGGAGAAAAAGAUAGAAAGAAAGGGAGCCAAAAGUUGAUGGAUGAUGAAAGGACAAACUACGAUAUUUGAUCUCAUUCUUAUUAAGGAAAAAAAAGCAAAGUAAUUCAUCAAGUUUUAAACGUAAUGUCACAUGUGUAGAGAGUCAAGAGAAAAAUAUUUAAGAAAAAAAAGCAGAAAAAGUAAGCAACAAGUAGAUUAUUUACAGCAUGAUGAAGAGCAAGAAAGAGAGAGUUUCCUUUGAGUAAAUAACAUGAAGUGUAGUUUUUCUUGGUCACACACUUUUACAAACAUUUACCCCAGACAAAAAAUCAUUUAACAGUCACACACUCAAUCUUUGAAAAAGUUUCUACAAUUUAAAGAAUAACCGUGAAAAGCAAGUAAUAAGAAAACAAAAUAGUUAAAGAAGAAAAAAGAGAAAGUAAAAGGGUAGGAAUAUUUUAUGUUUAGAAGUGCAGAAUGUCUUUAAAACUCAUACCACCAAAUAGAUUUAUUGUUAUUUCUUCCUCUGCGGAGGCUGCUUAGAAGUGAGAGAAAAAAAAGAUGCAUUACAGAUUUACAAUAGAAGUCGUGAAGAUAUGAAACAAGGUAACAAAAAUAAAAGAAAAGAAAUCAUUUAUCCAUAAACAGAAAAAAUACAAGAAUUUGAAGGAAGAGGGAGGAAAAUGAGGUAAAAAAAAAGUUUCACUAUUGAAAGAUGAGCGCGAGAUGAGUUCUUUUUUGCAAAAUAAUGUAGAUGAAGAAAAAGGAAAAACACACACACACACAAAUGGCGAAUGUAAAAAGAAUUUAAGCAGAAAAAUCUUGUAAGUUUUGUAAAUUUUAGAGAGAUGAAGCAAAAAAAAUAAUGUCCGGUGUAUAAAAUAAAUCUAAGUCCCUGUGUAAAUAUUUCUUAAUAUAUUAUUUUCUAAUGAUGUAGAAUUAACUGAGGAAUUAAUUUAAUCUUGUUUAGUUUGUAGAUUUGAAAAGAGAGAGAGAAGCAACUUUUUUACAUGUACUAUUUUCUAAGAAGAUGACUUUUAUUUUCUAUAUUUUUGCAUUGCAAAACCAAGUCUUUUUUCUGUGUUGAAAGAAAAGCAAAAAAAGAAAACAAGAGAGGAAGUUUCGGCGGAGGGAAAUUUAAAUAUUUACUUAUGAUUUUUCUAAUGAUUUUCUUUACUUGAAAUUUAUCAAUUGGCGAAUUUUCCCACAUUUUCAUCCCGAAAAUUGAUGCUUGUGAAAGUGAAGUUUUCGCAUUGUUUCACUUUUCUUUUUACUACUUAAAAGCUCACUGAAUUGGAAGGAAGAUGAGUUGAAAGAGGGAGAAAGAGGUGUAGAAGAAAAAUCAUGAAAUACAAAAUUAGAAAUGUAGAGCAUUUUUGUGCAGAAAGAGUUAAUAAAGAGAAUCCAAAAAAAAAAUCACAGUCGUAAAACAAGUUUUUUCGUAGUUGCAAAAGUGAAGUAAAAUUCUUUAGUAGUUUAGAGAGAACCUGGAAAGUGUCGAGAAGGCAGUGAGAAUGGUAGAAGUAAAAAUUUAUUGGAAAAAAAAUUUGUUUUUAUGUUAACUGUAUAAAAAAAAACAAGUGGAAAUCUUCUUUGUACAGAAAAGAGAAGAAGAGAAAAAAUUGCAAAUCUAUAAAA